AGCUAGUGGAUACUAUAGCAGGAGAAGGGAAGGGGGGGUCAAAAGAUAAUAAAGAUAUGAAGGUUACAUGCUUAGGAAUUUGUCAGUUCCCACAGAGCACAGAUGUUGGAGGGAGGAGCAGGACACACAUGAGAACUCUCGGGAAGAAUUAAACAAAGAGAAUAGCGGAAGAAGUAGAGCAGGUAGAGUCAGUUUGAACUCUCACCACUAAUGUUCCGCUGCGGUGACAGAAGGUAAACAGAAAGCAAGUCAGAGCUCCAGGCGUUUGAGGAGGAUCCAGGUUCCAGGAUAUGAGGUGUGUGGAAUGAGUGGGGAGUUAAAAACUGAAGAUAUUCAUUGACAGGAACCAAACACCCGCAUAACAACUACCAAAGAGCAGCACUGAACACUUUUCGAGUGUAUACAGAUGAGAUAGAGCAGGUCACAAAGAUAAAGUUCCACGGCACCAUGUUGAUGAAAGAGUACCGGGUCUGCAUGCCUCUCACUGUGGACGAGUACAGGAUCGGGCAGCUGUAUAUGAUCAGCAAGCACAGCUGUGAGCAGAGCGGUGGAGGAGAAGGAGUGGAAGUGGUUCGGAACGAGCCAGAUCACCACCCCAAGUAUGGACUGGGACAAGUGACCGAGAAGAGAAUCUACCUCAGCAGCAAGCUGCCAUCCUGGGCCAAACUUUUGGUCCCACGUUUCUUCUACGUCGUGGAGAAGGCCUGGAACUUCUACCCAUACACCAUCACAGAAUACUCGGUAUCACUCAUUCCCAAGUUCAGCAUUCGCAUUGAGACCAGAUUUGAGAACAACAACGGCAGCAAUGACAACGUGUUUGGGGACAAACCGACCCCGGUGGCAGACGUGAGUUACCUGGAUAUUCUGAACGACCCAAUCCCUGAAAAGCACUAUAAAGAGUCAGAGGAUCUGAGUCGCUGGAAGUCCAGUAAAACAGGCAGGGGGCCUCUGGAGAAAGACUGGAGAAAAAACCACACGCCCAUCAUGUGCUCCUACAAGAGAGUGCAGUGCAGCUUUGAGGUCUACGGCUUGCAGACCAGAAGUGAAGAGUUUCUGCACAGAGUUAUCCAGGACAUCCUUUUGGUUGGUCACCGACAAGCAGUAGCAUGGGUGGAUGAAUGGCACGGGUUGACUCUGGAGGAGGUGAGAGAAUUCGAGCAGACGAUGCAAGAGAAGACCAACAGCAAAGUCAAAUCCAGUCAGAACAACUCAGGGACAGCCGCGUCUCAUCGCCCAGUGUUCUCCCGCUCCAUCUCGGUGACAGACGAGCGUUCCUUGAAGAAGAUGGGAGUAACAACAUCAGCCAUGCCUGACCUAUCCGUGCCUUCCAGUCCAAUGCGACUCAACUCAACCCCUGAAUGACGACUAAAGAACCCACUCGGCAUAUGUGGACACACACAGAAUGGUGUCAUGUUGAUUCUAGCACCACACGCGGUGUCAUUUAUUACACAGAGAUGAAACAUAAACUAGAACAUACAUUCGCUCUUCCCAUAUUACAGCAGGGACCUAAAAGCGAAAACACGCUUCACAAACACACGUGUGCCUGUUAAAACACCAGUUCUGCUGAGAUUUCCCUUUUUUUUCCCAACGCCAAAUGAAUGCAGUACAUUCCAGCCUUUUUUCUUUUGAGUUCCAGAGCUAUGGUGAUUCUCAGCGACCACCAGCAGGGCUCUAUGAUUAUUUCCCAGCCCCCAGCCAGCACCAUACAGACAGAUGCAUAAGGAGUUUAAUAGAGUGGAUCUAAUGAGAGAGCAGAGGGGAAGAAGAAGGCUGUCGAUGUUAUGGAUCCGUUCACUUUCUGCGCUGCAGCCAAUAGGUCAGACCAGGUGUAUUGACGGGAAGGUAUUGAGGCGGCGCAUUGGCUCCUUGAUCGCUGAGCAGAGGGUGGCCAGCGGGUCAAGCCUGAGCUAAACUUCAAUUAUGGGUCAAUGAUGUGACUAUUCACAUGAGACAGACUUGAUUUUAGAAGAGGAUUAUUCGGAUAAUAAGAAGGUUUCUCAUUAUGAAAAAUGUUGCUAGCUAGGCUAAUUAACUACGCUGUAUGUUGUUUUGUCUUCCCUCAUGAUGUCAUUGAAAGAUCCGUCCUCUCGUAUAUUGUUGUUUUCACUCACCAUGAAGGGCAGUAAUCGUACCCUGAAACUUUGGAUUUUACAGAUAUAAUCAAUGACACCAUAAACUGUUGUCGUACCAGCUCUUUGUCUGUGUGAGUAAACAUGUUUUGUGCAACAUGUUGAGCUCCUCAGCCAGCCAGCUUCUUUGAAAAAAAAAACCAACAACAUAUCAAACAUAGCAGAAGCUUCUCGUGUCUAGAUACCCAGAACUGCACGGCACUGCUCUGUUGUCACACAAA